AUGUGCGACGACUGCGACUGCAACUGCGACUGUAGCUGCGACUGUUGCAACGCGUGCGACUGCGACUGCAACGGGUGCGAUCUCUGUGGCUGCGACCAGCGCACCGAGUCGUAUACCUGCUGCAACUGCGACAUCAGUUUGUGCGUGUGCGUUUGGUCGUCGAUCACCCAUUGCUGUGGGUUCGUUGCGGAGAUGUGUGAAGCGUGCCCGAAUAGCUGCGAUACCCGAACCAAGGUCCAAGACAAUGCGGUCGCUGCACCGCCGUCGCCGGUCGCUGUGCCGUACGUGCAUCUGCAGAGUUUCUCUCCCCACGCCGUCAUCACGGUCGACGUGCCGCUAGUGCAAAAGCCGCCGUCGCCUCUGGUCUAA